AUGGCAUCAUCAAAGGGAAACCGCAAGCGCAGCCAUGAGCCUGAUACCAGUGUGGUCUCUGCUCGUCGUGCCAAAGAUGAAGCGCCAGCAAAGCGAAGGAUCACGGGUGACAACGAAAGCAAGACCUUGUCAAAACAACCGAAGUCGAAGAAUCUACGAGUCGAAAAAGAAAGGGCUGAAGAGCUGAAUCACGAAUUGAGCUCAGAUAACGACAGCAGCAACCAGGGAGAGGGGCCAGAAGACGGCAGCAAGUUUCUUCUUGGUGAAUCAUCCGAAGAUGAACAUGGAUCGGAAGACGGAUUCUCAGAAGCUUUCGGGGUGGAUUCGGAAGGAGAAUCCGGCAGUGAACCAGAUGAUGAUGAAGAUGAGGAAGAUGAGGAUGAGACGCAGGCACCUGCACCUAGCUCGAAAGGAAGACGGAGAAGAUCUGCGGUUGAGAACGAGUCUGAUGAUGACGAUGAAGAUGAAGCAGAGAGCGUUGGCGGGAAGACAGGUGCAGCUCUUAAUCUGUCGGGGGGUGUUGUUCUGGACCCGACUUCAAUGGAUCUAGCCUCAGUCAAGCAGCGUAUGGAAGAGACUCUCCACACACUCGCAAACUUCGGCCAGUUUCGACGCCAGCAGGAAAGCAAACAGAGGAAGCGAGCCGGGGGCGACGAGAGAGGAGGCGGAGGAAUGGUUACGCGUCAGCAGUUAAUGGAACGGCUCGCCGCGGACGUCGUGACUUACUACCAGUAUCGACCGGAGCUCGCAGCAUAUUUCCUCCAGCUUUUCAAACCCCAAGAGGCGCAUGCGUUCUUCGAAGCCAACGAGGAGAGUCGCCCUACGACGCUGAGAACAAACUCGCUAAAGACCAGAAGGCGUGAACUGGCCGCUGCGCUCAUUGCCCGCGGCUGCAAUGUGGAUCCCCUCGGCGACUGGACAAAAGUGGGGCUGAAGGUUUACGAUUCCUCUGUGCCUGUCGGUGCUACUCCGGAGUACCUUGCUGGCCACUACAUGCUUCAGUCGGCGGCCUCCCUGAUUCCCGUAAUGGCGUUGGCUCCGCAACCAGGAGAGAAGGUCGUAGAUAUGGCAGCUGCCCCAGGUGGAAAAACAACGUAUAUCGCACAGCUGCUCAAAAACGACGGCAUCCUCUUCGCCAACGACGCAAAGAGAGAGCGCUGCAGUUCUCUUAUGGCCAACCUGCACAGGCUUGGCGUGACCAACUGCAUUGUCAGUUGCGUUGAUGGCCGCACUCUGCCAACGAUUUUGCCGCCGAUGGAUCGUGCGCUUCUGGACGCCCCAUGUACAGGAAGCGGAAUCAUUGCUCGAGAUCCUUCCAUCAAGGUGAAGAGGAAGCCUGAGGACUUCGCGGAACACUCGAAGCUGCAAAAACAGUUGCUCUGCGCGGCGGUAGAUGCUGUCAACGCAGACUCUCCCACCGGGGGAUAUAUUGUCUACUCUACGUGCAGCGUUUCAGUUGAAGAAAACGAAGCAGUUGUGGACUACAUCUUGACGGCAAGGAACGUGAAACUUGUUCCUCUCGGCCUGGACAUCGGUGUGCCGGGGCUAUCCGGCUUCCGCGGGCGGCAAUUUCAUCAGACAGUCCCUCUGUACACCCGCCGUUUUUACCCCCAUGUGAACAACUUCGAUGGCUUUUUUGUGGCAAAGCUGAAGAAGCUUUCCAAUAAGAAGCCGGAGCGUGUACCCAAAGAUCGCCGCAAGCAUAAUCCCUUCGUCAAAGUAUGGGAUAAAGGACAUUGGACGCCCGAAUGCAUGGACCAGUUGAUGACGUUUCAGGCGGAAGACACAGCAGCAUGCAGCGCCCCAGACAGAGAGUUGUCAGAUUCCGAAUCCGAGAACUCGGCGAGCACGAGAGAGAAGCGAAAGAUGGCAACUUCGAAACAGAAGAGGCGGGAGUUGAAAUCAAUCGAUGCGCCUUCGGCAGUUAAUGACAAUGAUCCGGGGCUGGCAAUGGCAAAUGGGCAAUCCAGGAAAGCCCCUCCCGUCACGCAAAGGAAAAAACAGGGCGGGAAGCGUUCUGGUGCUGGUGUAAAACGUCAGCAGUCGUAA